AUGGCUUGCUUAGCUUUCAAAAUAACCAGUUCCAACCGAAGGAAUCAGGUGUUCGUCAACUUCCGGGGAGAGGAGCUGCGUUGCGGUUUCGUUAGCCAUCUUGUGGAAGCUCUCCAGAGACAUGGGAUCAACGUUUUCAUAGACAGUCUCGAGAGGAAAGGUGAGGAUCUCAUCAAUCUCUUUGCUAGGAUCGAGGAGUCGACCAUAGCAUUGGUUAUAUUCUCCGAGAGAUACACGGAAUCUAUAUGGUGCUUAGACGAGCUCUUGAAGAUCAAGCAACGUGCAGAUCAAGGCUUCCUCAAGGUGAUUCCCAUAUUUUUCAAUGUGGAACCAGUCACCGUGAAACAACUCAGGGGAGCAUUUGGUGAUCAGUUCAGGGAUCGAGAGUGGGAAUAUCGGUGUGAUAAACCUAGAACCGAUAGGUGGAAGGAGGCAUUAUCAUCUGUUUCUUGCAAAGCAGGCUUGGCCUUUGACAAGAGAAGUGAUGAAAGUAAAUUUGUAAGGAUAAUCCUCAAGGAGGUCGAGAAAGAGCUUCAACUCCAAGUGAAUCCUGUGGUUAUUCCAUUUCCAGGAACAAGAAGAGAUAUUUCUUCUCUAGGAGGGAAAGGUAUGCACAUCCGAGGAUCCACUCAAGAACCGGUGGAUCUAUCCAGAGAGAGUUUUCGGGUGCACGACAACUCCAGUAUUUCAAACCAGAUUUCUGUGUUUUCCAAGGCUUACAUGGAUAUCGAGCAUCAAAACAACUACCUAAGGGCGCAGCUCCUUGAGCUGAGCGAGAGGCUGCAGUCACUGAACUCCAUCAUCGAAAUGUCCCUGAAUUUCCGAUGA